UAAAGCCACACCCCAGAGCAAUAUCUGUCUCUUGUCUGGAGUCAACAUGAUUUCUAUUGAGCUGCUGAAGGGAUGUGUUCUUCUAUAGCAACCUCUUUAUGGACCAAAAUGGGGCAGUUAUGCAAACUUGCACUGCUUGUUUUGGUUCUGAUGGCAGUGCUACACAAUUCAUCAGGAGGAAAGACAGGGGGUAAGAGCACCCCUUCCAAGAAGCCAUCCAAUAAGCCAUCACAGGGGACCAAGACCCAAUCUAACUAUCCCAGGCAACCCUCCAAUCCUGCUGCAGGAAGUAACCCAGGCUACCCCAAUCAGCAGCAUCCUGGUAGAGACACUAGUGGCAGCUAUCCUUCAGCUGGUGGAACCCCAAAUCAGUAUCCGGGAAGAGGGGGAUCCAGCCCAGGAGGAUAUCCCAAACAAAAUCCUGGAGUAGGUAGCUAUCCCGCUGGUGGUAGCUAUCCUUCGGCUGGUGGAAACCCCAAUCAGUAUCCGGUAAGAGGGGGAUCCAGCCCAGGAGGAUAUCCCAACCAAAAUCCUGGAGCAGGUAGCUAUCCCGCUGGUGGUAGCUAUCCUUCAGCUGGUGGAAACCCAAAUCAGUAUCCGGCAAGAGGGGGAUCCAGCCCAGGAGGAUAUCCCAACCAAUAUCCUGGAGCAGGUAGCUAUCCCGCUGGUGGUAGCUAUCCUUCAGCUGGUGGAAACCCAAAUCAGUAUCCGGCAAGAGGGGGAUCCAGCCCAGGAGGAUAUCCCAACCAAAAUCCUGUAGCAGGUAGCUAUCCUGCUGGUGGUAGCUAUCCUUCAGCUGGUGGAAACCCAAAUCAGUAUCCGGCAAGAGGAGGAUCCAGCCCAGGAGGAUAUCCCAACCAAAAUCCUGGAGCAGGUAGCUAUCCCGCUGGUGGUAGCUAUCCUUCAGCUGGUGGAAACCCAAAUCAGUAUCCGGGAAGAGGGGGAUCCAGCCCAGGAGGAUAUCCCAAUCAAAAUCCUGGAGCAGGUACCUAUCCUGCUGGUGGUAGCUAUCCUUCAGCUGGUGGCUACCCCAAUCCAGGAAGAGGCGGUGUUAACCCAGGAGGAUAUCCCAACCAGAUUCCAGCAGGAGGGGGUUACUCUAACCAAUAUCCAGGUAGAAGUGGGUACAGCCCUGGUGGGUAUCCAGCAGGUGGAUCUUACCCAGUAAGAACUGCAGGACAGCCAGGAGGAUACCCAGGAGGACACCCUUCCAUUGGAGGGGGAUAUCCCAACUGGAACCCCAAUAAUAGGAUCCUCAGUCCACGUUAUGGAGGCUCCUUUGGAGGUGGCAGGUUUGGAACGGGUGGCUCCCCUUUCUCCAAUACAGUGAAAAGCAUGGGCUAUGGUCCCUCUGCUAAAUCCAAAGGCUUCGCAAAAAAGGCAAUGCUAGCUGCAGGCAUUGGGGCAGUGGCAGGAAUGGCUGUAGGCUAUGGGAUUGGAAACUUUCCACGCCCCAACUUCCAAUUCAGGAGCCCUCAGGAGGAACGUCAAUACAACCACUAUAUGUAUUCACGUCAAGAGACUCAUUCUAAAGACAGAAAUAACAAAGGAGGUCCCAACUACACAUCAAAGCAACCAUCCCAGGCUCAUGAGCCUAACCCUCAGUCAUAUGAGCAAUACAUGAGCACAUGCAUGAAGCAAAAAGAUCUUCUAAAAGAGCAGAACACAACAGAUUCCGCAGAUCGCAAAAACAUUCAAAGAGCCGAGCCACUGACUGACAUUGCAGCUGUGAAUGACACCACAUUCCCUAUGACUGUCAGUGAUUAUCCAAAGGCUGCUGCAGUUCGUGAGGAUGAUGAUGAUACAGUGAGUAUCAUGCAGAUUGGUUAUCCAGCUCUCAUUGAGCAGAUGAAAUCUCGGAAAUGUGUUGAGUUGUACUUGGUUUACUCUGGGAGCUUCACGGAGAAGCAGAAAGAACAUAACAAGGACACAAAGGGAAGAAAAAUUUUCAGACCUUCCAAUAACCACAAUGGACAUCGUGUCUCUGGAGUGCUUUUGUUACUCACUACUUUCUUUAUGCUUCUUAGUGGCCCUUAGUA